CACUCACUUUUCGCCCUAAUGUUUUUGCGCUCUAGCCAAUCCUCAAGCUGCUUUCAAAGUGCAUUCACAAACUGGACUUUGGCUCUCAGCUGGGAUCACCACCAGCGCACAAGUACUAAUUACUUGUUGGAUAGCUGCUGUGACGGGUCGGAGGCUAUUUAGUUGCAAACAUGAUGUCUGAGACUGCUCCGGAACGUUUGGGUCCUAUGGCGAGCAGUGAGGACGGCGAGGUGGAGAUGUGUCAGGCCAUCCUCCCGUGUCAUGCUAACCACCUCGGGGAACUAAGUGCUGGACAGCUCCUGAAAUGGAUAGACACGACUGCUUGUCUAGCUGCGGAGAGGCAUGCUGGAGUGCCCUGUGUAACAGCUUCUGUAGAUGACAUUCUGUUUGAAGAAACCGUAAGAGUGGGGCAAAUUAUCAAUAUCAAGGCAAAAGUAAACCGAGCUUUUAAUACAAGCAUGGAGGUUGGUGUGCAGGUUUCUGUACAAGACAUCUACACUGGUACUCAGAAAUGUGUUUGCAUUGCCUUUUCUACAUUUGUUGGAAAACCAGCUGGAAAUGAAAAGGUGCACUUGAAGCCUAUAAAGCUUUGGACAGUAAAAGACCAGAUGGAAUAUGGACUAGCAGCAGAACGCAGAAGGAUUCGACUCUGCCAUGACAAUAUAUUUCAUAAUCUAAUUCAAGAUACUCAUAUAAUUGAUGGUAUAGCUUGCGGGAAGAACAGCAAUGCUAUGACAACAGACCGCUCCUGUGUGAAGAGUAUUGAACUUGUUCUUCCACCACAUGCAAAUCACCAUGGAAACACAUUUGGUGGACAGAUUAUGGCUUGGAUGGAAAACAUAGCUACAGUUGCUGCAAGUCGUUUUUGCUGUAAUCAUCCAAUCCUGAAGUCCGUUGACAUGUUCAUGUUUAGAGGCCCUUCCUUUAUUGGUGAUCGCUUGGUCUUCAAAGCUGUGGUGAAUAACACAUUCCAGAAAAGUUUAGAGGUUGGAGUUCGCGUUGAAGCUUAUAACUGUGAAGAAUGGAACAAAGGAAAACCUCGUCAUAUCAACAGUGCUUUCCUGAUAUAUAAUUCUGUCAACAAUAAAGGAGAUCUGAUGAUAUUUCCCAGUGUCGAGCCUACUUCAAAAGACGAUUUAAGACGUUUCCAAGGAGCUAUUGCCCGCAGAAGAAUUAGACUUGCCAGAAAAUACAUCCUUACUCACAAAGAGGAACGCUCCCUCUCUGUUGACUGGGACAAAACUAAUCAGGCGUACCUGAGCUAUACCAAUGUGGUUAAUCUGACUAUGCUGGCAGCGAAAAGUGACUGGGAAAUAAUCAGCAGUAUGGACAGAAUUAAAGCAUUUGUUUGUGAAGAAAAUGAUAUUCUGUCCGUCAUGGUGGAAAUGAAAGUGAAAAAACGGCCAGAGCAAGCUUUCCUUCUUCUGUCAGACUUGCAACUUCGACCAAGCUGGGACAGACACUAUUUGAGCUGUGAAGUAGUAGAAACGGUGGAUGAAGACGAACAGAUCUAUCACAUUACUUGCCCACCAGCAGGUGAUGAUAUGAUGAAAGAUUUUGUAAUGCUUAUGAGCAGAAGACAGCCCCUUAAAGUUGGAGACCCCUAUAUAUUAGCACUGACAUCGGUCACUUUGGCAUCUGUUCCUCCUCUUCCUAAAUACUUGAGAUGUGAAACACGCUGUGCAGGUUUCCUAAUAUAUAGUGAUGGUCCUCGGAAUUGCAAGGUAUCUUACUACAAUCAAGUGACUUCUAAUAUUCUGCCAUACAUUGCUGGGAACCUUACAGGGUGGUCAAAAUCUAUGGAGGAGACAGCAUCUUCAUGCAUUCAGUUCUUGGAAAGCUCUUGUGAAUAAAUACAUUUAACUUUGUUUUAAAGACUCCAAGUCAGCAGUAAUGACUGGCUUAUAUCAAGACGGAUUUGAUAUUGCCACCAUACAAUAAAGCUAAAAUAUUACUUUAGCACUCACACAUUUUUUACUGGAUGCCAUUUUGAAAACUGAGAAGACUACAGUCAUUGAGCAGACAUGAAAUCUUCAAUUCAAUGUGACAAUAACUUGACAACUUUAACUGUUUUUAUUUAAAUCUUAGUGUAUGUGUUUCUGGAUAAUGGUCUUCCUUCAGUUAAAAUGAGCACAUAAUCUGCUUUUAGUCACAUGUUAAAAGACAUUGCUCUGUUCAGCUGUGCACAUUCCUUUAAAUUACUAGGCUUGAACCAUUAGUGUAUGUAGUACCUGUUCUAAGCUAUCUCUUCACCAAUGUUACUAGUGUAAAAGUGUAUUCUGAUAGAUGUGUUUUUGCACUGCAGUUUAAGUUUUCCCAUCAAUCUGUUAAUAUGUGGUCAUGCUUAAUUUUAUAGCACCGUCUGUAAACUGUGGACAGAAAUAAGUUAUGACUUAGAUGGAUGAGUAUUAGUCUCAGGUUCCCCAAUCACAUACACACUAUACAACUUUGAUAAUUCAGUAAAGAAACAAUGCAAUGCAUUUAAAAUCAUAGUAGCAUAUGUAGUACGUAUAGGUGUGAUAUACAUAAUAUAUGUAGAAAAUAGUUUACAGAUACCCAGUAUAAUGGAUGAAAAUAAGUAAUGAAAUUGAAUGAAAAAGAGGCAUGAUUGUUAAGUAUUCAGUGCAGGCAGGGUGCCAUACAAAUUAAAUUCUCCUCACUGCCCAUAUUUCUAUAAGAAAGCAAGCAAGUCUUAUACAAUAAGAGAUAUUCUGGCAUGGAUGUGGUAAGGCAAAAAUGCUGAUCUUCAUCUGGGUACAUAAAAAAGGUUUGUUGAGCUAAAUAGUGGCUCCUUAGUCAGCUGGCCAAGAAUGUAUAAAACCUGCAAAUUCCCCAUAUGCAUAGUGGCUGAUACUUGUAACCUGUUUGCAAGAUAAACAGUCUUUUAUAAAAGCAAUUCAGCAUAUAUUCCCCUUUGAGAAUGGGUAAACAUGUUUAUAAUUAUUUAGUACUGUUAGCACUCUGGAAAAUGUGUGAUCUCCUUGAUUCACAGCAGUUAUAUGCUUUUUAUUAUGGGUCAUUUGUCACACUAUAAAUCAUAAAUAUACCUGGUCAAAAACAACAUGCAACAUCAUUUGCUUCUAAUUUUAAAAGCAUUACUUUUCAUUAUUCAAAAAUGUUUGUUGCAUUACAGAAUCACAGAAAUUAUGAAACUAUAUUUCCUUAAACUGAAGCCAUAAUUAUAACUACAUUGUUUUCCUUCUAAGCCACAUCUACAGAUGAGGGUUUUGAAAUGAGGCUGCUACACUUAAAAUCAGAUAGUUGCCACAAUAAGUGAAAUCAUUGAUUGAGUUCAGUAGCAAAAUGUCCUUUAAAAGUGCAAGUUGGUUCAUAAAUGUAGAGUUCACAGUGCUGCAGGUUUAGUGAGACUAAUAAGAUAAGCUCUGACACGGAGACCAUAAACCGCAGAAGAUGAUGAGAGUCACUUUGGGGAAGAACUGUAUUAGGGACAUGAAAAAUCUUUGACAUCAUAAUAAUUUAAAUUCACUCAAUUUAAAUACAUUAAGCUAUAGGAAUCUUUGAAGAAUCUCAUUCCAUGAUUUUCCCUAUUACCAAAAUCAUGUAGCAUGUUGAAUGACAAUCUUAUAAAUUGUCCUUAGAUGUGCAUUCAGUGUGUGUACAUGAAGACGUAUGUGCAUUCUGUCAUAGACUAGUAACCACCCCUCCCCAGAAUGAGCUUCAAAGUUUUGUGCCCAUUGUCUAACAGGAUAGGUCAUUUAUCAUUAUGUGGAUGGAUGGAUGGAUGGAUGGAUGGAUGGAUGGAUGGAUGAAGCUUGGACUGAAGGAGACUGAGAUCAAUGGAGAAGGAAAAUACUGGUUAUAUUAUAAAGCUUACAUGGACACACAACCAUGGGAUGUUAACUGGUUUAAAUAAAAUGGUAGACAGCAUUUGGCAUUGGCUAUCAGGAUAUAUUUAGAAGACACAGACAGUAAGUGACUUUCAGAAGAAGAGAAUUAUUCUAUGAUUUUGAUGGACUGGCUUUAUGCAAUGUUCCUUCAUUCUUCUGUGGACUAUGCAUACAUGUAUGGAAAUAGGAGAAGAUGUAAGAAUGUACCCUGGGUUAAGUUCAUAAGUUCAUAGGUGUUUACUAGGCUAAUGACCACAAGGGACUUUUUAAGCCUAGCCAUGCAUUCCAA